AUGCGAUUUGAUCCGCAGCAGCAGCAGAAGCAUCAAGGGAACAAGGAUGCACCGCUGAGCAAUGGCCACUCGCAACCGUUUAAGGCCUCCAAGUUAUCGCUCGAUUUUACCGGAACGAAUGAUAGUGCACCCAUGAAGGCAGCAACCGUGCAGGAGAUCGUGGACCAGCAGGAUGCGGAUGCCGACGUGGUUCGGGCUGGUCGUUGUUGCACCGUCGUGUUUCUGCCGUUUAUUGUGGUGGCGCUUCUUCUGGGCACCAUCCUCGGUGUUUCUUUCACCAAUGGCAGAGCACUGGAUGUGGAGGGGGUGCCGCGCGCUGUUCUGUUUAUUAUUGAGGGGUUUAAAGGAACGACCUUCAACGAGCUGCUCGAGGGCCAGCGAUUGCCACAUAUUCGACAGAUGUUGCUGGAACAACAUGGCGUAUACGCGGCGUGUGCCUCUCUUGAGGACGUACGAUGUGCCCGUGCUGUGCUUGUUGAGGAUGAUGUGACGGGUGAAGCGUUUAUUUCCGCUGGCGCCGGCAUUGCGACGAUUCUCACAGGUGUUUCCCCACGACGACAUGGAGUGCGGAACGACACAUGGAUCUCAUAUGCUGCCCUUUCAUCGACAUCCGUGCAGUUCCCAAGCGUUGCUCUCCGUGUGACUCUUGCGAAGAAACGGGCUGCUGCGCUUGGCGGCCCCCACCUGCUUAACGGGUUGGACGCCAGGACGGGGCAGUGUAAUGUACCCGGGGUACUGGAUGCAGAGUGCGUCACUCCACCCGUUUCAGUAAAUUCUGUGGAUGCCAAUGAAUUCAACAGGACGCAACCGGCUGCUACUUUAACGGAUGGUGUAGAUCAUUUUGACAUUCCGCCCAUGAUGACUUGCCUACACCUUAAAUCUUGCAAUUUAUUCAAGCGUGCGCUUACCCUCUCGAGCGGCCGUGAUGGUAGGGAAGAGCGGGAAUUUACAAGGGGCCUUAUCGAUCUCUUUGGAGGCCUUUCUCACGAGGGACAGGAAGCUGGCAACAGCUACGAUAACAGUCUUCUCAUAUUCAACUUAAACGCGCUUGCACUGCGCGCGGGGGAGGAGAAUUUGCCGGACUUCACAUACGAUCGGGGAUCACUUGAGUACGCCGCACAGGCCUUCCUUAUUGACAGUCUCGUGGGACAAGUGCUCGCCUUUGUCCAGGACCGUGCACGCUCCAGGAAGGAAAACUGGCUUGUUGUUGGCACGAGCAAUCACGGUGGCGUUGGGAAGUCGUUUGGAAACUUCGGUGACGAAGAUGAAGUUGUGCCCUUCUUUCUCGCCACGUACACAUCAAACAGACGUGGCUAUAGACGCCUGCGGCCACUGACGCGGCCAGUGACGCACAUGGACGCAGCCCCGACUAUACUGAAGUGGCUCGGCAUUGCACCAUACGACGAAGACGACGAGGAGGAGGAGAAGCAAAACUAUCUCGAGGGAGGAGAUAACACCGACAGGAGGGAAGAAACAGGCUGGCAGCAUAACGACCAUGAUCAAAGCAAACCUGCAGCAUCAAAGACAAGAAAUUCCCCUUCAAAUACAGGUGAUCAGAGAACACUUUUGGAUGGAGUGCCGCAAGGUAUCUGUGGCUCGGGCCUGAGAACGAAAGACUGUGCGGUGGUGGGGGAGGAAUGA